AUGCCUCUCCUAGCUGAAGACCCCAACUCAGCUAUCAUGCCGGAUUUCGAAACAGCAGAAUUCGCACAAGCUCGUGCUCAACUCACGAACGAAACGACAAACGAACAGCAAGCUGCAGAAAUUCUAGCCAACCUAUGGGAUAUUCAGAAUGAUGCAGACAAAUGUCGUUGGGCUGCGAGAAUCCAGGAAGAGACCCAAGCAGCAGAAGCAGAAUGGCGACAAGCCGAAGAAGCUGAAGCUCAACGCCAACAAACCCUCCUCAUGGAACAAGAAGCAGCCAUCUCUGAAGAACGAAAGAAAAACAAAUCCAAAUAUGCAUUGGUCUGCAAUAUCGACAUUCCUUCUAACCCCAUAAUCCUACCGUGUCGAUACGCAGUCUGGAAAAUGAAAUCAGGAGAUUCCUGUGAACUAUUCUACUUCACUAACAGUGGUUUGGAAGAAGCUUCUCAUACCAUGUUUACAGCCGAUGAAGACACCCUUGUGGUGCUCCCCAUGUCCGACGGGAUGUGGAUUCCCGCUGGCGCUGCUCGAGACCCCAAAGCACAAAUAGUCAAAGACGAGAGUCUCACCUGGGAACAAUUCAACGAAGCAGCCCCGCGGAUGCUUUCUGGUCGGCAUUGCAGAAUCACCGCUGGCAUCAUGAUUUCGAUGUUCACAAACAGAGAGCACUACUACUAUAUCAAGCUCAACAACGGAGACGCUGGCACCUAUCCAUAG